UCCUUUCGAGCCUUCUUCCCAGGACCUGUCAAUGGCCGCUCCAUUGGUAGAGCCGGGGGUGGAUCCCUACAACCAAGCGAGGAAAACCCUAACGGAGCGCUGCCCUUUUGAUACCGAAGAGACGACUCCAAGAUUUGGGACGCUGCCGUCUGCGUUGUCGGCUAAUUUGAAUAAAAAGUCGGAUGGACGCAGGAAGCACCGCAAGAUACAAGAAGAUGCUGCCGGCAAAGCCGUCGGGCCUGGGCGGCCGCCGGCUGGUUUCAGUGUGUGGGAGAAGAAUGAGGUGUAUUUCAGGCCCAUAACUUUGGAAGACAUCGACGUUUUGGACACUCGUCUACCUUCGGAUUCUUGUUUCUACAUUCCCAGCUCGGAAAAUGUUCUGGAAGAGGUUGUGAGGGAUGAAGCAGUCCUUGAUGAGUACCCACCGGGUGAAAUGGAUGUGAGCACAAGCUCGGUUGUAGUUAAAGAAGAGUUGGAAAGCGUUAAGGGGGAGGCUCAUACUAAGCAAAUUGAUGGCGAGGUGACUUGUAGUGCUGCAAUGCCAUUGGAAGAACCUGAGGUGGAGGAUAAAAAAUCACUGAAUUGGAUUCUGGGAUGCAAGCAGAGAUUCCUUCUCACUUCGGGAAGACCUUCGAAGAAAAGGAAGCUCCUUGGUGAAGACGCAGGUUUUGAACAGCUUUUGCAACUUCCUCGUAUGGAAGGAGCUGGUGCUGCGACGCGACUCUGUGACUUUUGUUGCUCCGGAGAAAGUGACGUGAAGUCUAACGGCCUUCUUUUAUGUAAUUCUUGCAACGUUUCAGUGCACCAGAAAUGUUAUGGUGUUCAUGAGGUUCCUUCUGCGGGAUGGCUGUGCUCAUGGUGUAAUUAUCUGGAGGUAGUGGGAAGAAUGACUCCAGGAAAUGCUGAUGAUGGUGACGCCAGCUUCAAUCCCUGUCUGCUUUGCCCGAAGGUCGGCGGAGCACUGAAACCUUUAAUGGGGAACUUGGAAGGUGGUAAAGGGACAAAGUUUGUUCACUUGUUUUGCUGUCUCUGGAUACCUGGUAUGUAUGUGGAGGAUGUAGGGGCAAUGGAACCAGUUAUGAAUGUCCAAGGCUUGCAAGAGACUCGAACGAGACUGGUUUGCAACUUGUGCAAGGUGAAGCAUGGCACCUGUGUACGUUGUAGCCAUGGAACAUGCCGUACAUCUCUCCAUCCUAAUUGUGCUAGGACUGCUAAACAUCAAAUGGAGAUCUGGGGAAAGUUUGGUCUUGAUAAUGUUGAGCUGCGAGUUUUCUGUUCAAAGCACUCCUCCCCUGUUGAAAAUAAUGAUAGCAUUUCGAGCACAGAGCAUCCUAGUACAAUGAGUGAAGAUAACAUGGUUGGAAAGCUUUUGCCUACUUGCGGACCUAUGAAAAGAUUGCCCAAGAUAAAAAUUACCCGUAAGGGUAAAAAUAACAACAUAGUGCUAGAUGAAAAAGUUAAUUCUAUUUCCCAUGAGGCGGUGAAAACUGAUUCAAACUUUGAUAAAAAAAAUUUGGCGGUUAAGCUAAGACCAGGUGGUGGAGUUGCAGAGUCAAAUAAAAUUGAAGACUUUGUGGCUUCUGAUAAUGGGAUUGUUCCUCAAAAUACAGCUGAUGACACCACAAUUUUCAAAAAGACCAUGGGAAAUACUACUGGUUUUGUGGAAUCAAAUGCUUCCAGAGAGCUAAUUUAUGUUGAUGAAGAUAAAACUGAAGGAGGUGACUUGAAAGAAGUACCAGAUUGCUCACGUCUUUUUGUGGAAAAUAAUCAAAACUAUGAGGCUGGGGUUGUUGAGCUAAAGACUGACAGCUUAGAGUGUCCAGAUUAUGAUGCUAGUUUGGCUGACAACUCAAACAACCAAAAUAUUGGGCCAUGUUCAAGUUCAUUUAUUCAUCCAUUCAUUCUGAAAAAGUUGAGAGAACUUCAAAUUCAGCAUUGCUUACUUCCCAAAGAAAGAAUCAUUAAAGCUAGCUGUAAUGAUAAAUUGGGAACCACUGAUGCCAAGGCAGUCGAGGGUUGUUUGCUCAUUGCUGCAAAUUCGGACCAAUUGGAAUUUGUUAAAAAUAUGGACAUAUUAGAUAUCUCACCUACGGAUGAAAUUGAAGGAGAGUUGCUGUACUUGCAAAACUGUUUACUCGAUAAAGUUACUUCAAUCAAGCAUUCAUGUGAAGAGUUGAUUUAUAGGAUGAUCAGUCGUCUUCCUCAUGAGCUUGACGCAUUCAGGAGGAAAAGAUGGGAUAUGGUACUUGUUAAUCAAUAUCUUUGUGAAGUUAAAGAAGCAAAGAAAAAAGGGAGGAAAGAGAGACGUCAUAAAGAAGCUCAGGCAAUAUUUGCUGCAGCGACUGCUGCUGCUGCUUCUUCUAGGAAUUCAGGGCAUCGUAAAGAUGCAAUUGAUGGAAUCAGCUUGAGUCAACAGAAUCCUCUUAAAAUUAGUUCCUCCACGAGGCGAGCAACGCUAUAUCCUCCACCUUUGCCACGACCAAAGGAAACUACUGCAAGGUCUUCUGUUGCUAAAGUUUUAUCAGAUAAACAUUCUGGCGAUUUCAAGCUACCAGAUUUUGUCCAGGAAAAUGUAUUGGUUUGUGAUGUUUGUUGGCGGACUGAAACGAUAGUGAACCGUAUUUUUGUUUGUUCUAGCUGCAAGCUUGCGGUUCACUUGGAUUGCUAUCGCAAGCUUAAAGAUCCUACUGGUCCAUGGCUAUGUGAGCUUUGUGAAGAUACCGCCUUACAAUCAAAUCCUAGAGAUCAACAAUUGGGCAGUGGUGAAAAGACUUGUUCUAGAGCCAAGUGUAGUUUAUGCGGUGGUGUGACUGGUGCAUUCCGCAAAUCAACAAAUGGAGAAUGGGUUCAUGCCUUCUGUGCUGAGUGGUUGAUGGAAUCAACAUUCAAAAGGGGCCAGCAAAAUCUGAUCGUGGGAAUGGAUUCUAUCUCCAAGGAAAAGGACAUAAAUACUUGCGGUAUAUGUCAUUACAAACUUGGUCUGUGCCUUAAGUGCAGCUAUGGACAUUGCCAAGCUAAAUUUCAUCCAACCUGUGCUAGAAGUGCUGGCUUAUUCAUGAACAUAAAAGCUAUUGGUGGCAGGUUCCAGCACAAGUCUUAUUGUGAAAAGCAUAGCGUGGAGCAGAGAGAAAAGGUUGAUAGUCAGCAUGGCGCUGAGGAGCUUAAGAAUAUAAAGCAAGUGAGGGUUGACCUAGAGAAGUUACGUCUUCUUUGUGAGAGAAUUAUUAGAAGGGAGAAAUUGAAGAGAGAACUGGUUGUUUGCUCCCAUGGGAUACUUGCUUCGAGGAGGGAUUGUGUUGCUUUCUCAGCUAUGGUUCGUAGCUCAUACGCUUCUGGCAUCAGCUCCGAAUCUGCCACCACUUCCAUAGACAAUCCAUCGUACAGCGGAACAUUUCAAAGGCGUGAUGAUACGGCUGUCGAUAGUUGUUCCAUCCAAGGAAGCCACUCUGGCAGGCUUCUAAUGGAUGUUGAUAGGACAGAUGAUAGUUCCAUGUCUCAUGCUUCUAAUAGAAAGAAAAUAGCUAAUAGGAGUGUGUUCUCUGGCAAACAACUUCCUCAAAAACCAACUGCUCGCAAUUCAAAUGCAGUAGAUGGUGGGGAAACAAAAUCUAAAGAUUGAGAGUUCUGUAGGGCGUAACAAGUUUUCAAAAGGAAAAGGUUUUGACAUCCUAUCAAGCGCCAUUGCCGAACCUGAGGCUUCCUAAAGAUUGUGUGUUUAAAGAUGGCUCAGCAGCUCAUGAUUCCGAGCCUUGUGCACCGCAAGAACCUGGUGGAUAACCUCUGCAAGAAGCACUGUUGAUUAUUGAGCAGUUCUAGACAAUGAGACUUCUGUGAGGGCCCCCGAUGUCUUCGUCUAACGAUUUGGAAGAUUGCUUCAGCAUAUCCUGUCGAACAAAACACGCAGUGUCGGGGUAAUGGCUUUCCAAUGUAUUAUUUAUAAAUUAGAUGAUUCGCCAUUGUUCAGAAAGUUUUGUGCAAGCUUUGUAUAUCUGAGAGUAUUGUACAGAGUGAGUAGAUUUCAUUAGUCCAUGGCGCAGGGUUUGCUUGGUUGAUUCCCUGCCCUGCUUUUCAUCUGGUUCAAGGGCGCGCGAGGGAACUCAUCUGCCAUAGUGAUAUACGGAAUAUAGGUGUUCUCAUUUUUUU